GCGUAUAUGUUAUUGACAAAAUCUGCGGUCACACUAUACAGUUCUAGGGCGUCUGCUUGAAAAAAGUGAAAAAGCGAUUAUAUUGAAAAGUUUGUUGCUUCCAACUUGUGCAGUUGUGUAAAUAAAAGUACUAUGGCAGACUUAAACGACUCCAACGGCAACUACGACGACAACGAUGAGCAGAUUACCGAGCCGGAGCAGCUGCGCAAGCUGUUCAUCGGCGGUCUGGACUACCGCACCACGGAUGAUGGCCUAAAGGCGCACUUCGAGAAAUGGGGCAACAUUGUCGAUGUUGUCGUCAUGAAGGAUCCGAAGACAAAGCGGUCGCGUGGCUUUGGGUUCAUCACCUACUCGCAGUCGUACAUGAUCGACAAUGCCCAGAACGCUCGUCCGCACAAGAUCGACGGACGCACCGUAGAGCCCAAGCGUGCUGUGCCGCGCCAGGAGAUUGAUGCUCCCAAUGCCGGGGCCACAGUCAAGAAGCUUUUUGUGGGUGGACUGCGCGACGACCAUGACGAGGAGUGCCUGCGAGAGUACUUCAAGGACUUUGGCCAGAUCGUGGGCGUGAACAUCGUGUCGGACAAGGACACCGGCAAGAAGCGUGGAUUCGCCUUCAUCGAGUUCGACGACUACGACCCCGUUGACAAGAUCAUUCUCCAGAAGACCCACACUAUCAAGAACAAGAGCCUCGACGUGAAAAAGGCCAUAGCCAAGCAAGAUAUGGAUCGUCAAGGUGGCGGCGGAGGCGCUGGUGGUGGACUUGGCAGUGGAGGCGGAGGCGGCGGUGGUGGUGGCGGCCGUGGAGGCCCCGGUGGACGCACAGGCGGUCGUGGAGGGGAUCGUGGAAGCCAAGGCGGCGGCGGCUGGAGCAACAACCGCCAGAACGGCGGCGGAAACUGGGGCGCCGGUGGCGGUAGCUUCGGCAAUAAUGGCAACUUUGGCGGCAGCCAGGGCGGCAGUUCCGGAGGUUGGAAUCAGCAGAGCGGUGGAAGUGGUCCCUGGAACAAUCAGGGCAGCAGCGGCGGCUGGAACAACGGUGGCGGUGGCGGGGGCUACGGAGGCGGAAAUAGCAACGGAAACUGGGGAGGCAACGGCGGUGGCGGCGGCGGGUUUGGCAAUGACUACCAGCAGAGCUAUGGUGGCGGCCCGCAGCGGACCAACAACUUUGGCAACAGCCGGCCAGCUCCAUACAGCCAAGGCGGUAGCGGAGGCGGUUUCAACAAAACAUCUUCUGGCCUUGCAGGUGGAAAUCAAGGAGGCGGCGGCGGUGGCCAGGGCUUCGGGGGCAACAACUACAACACUGGUGGCGGAGGCGGCCAGGGUGGAAACAUGGGCGGCGGCAAUAGACGUUACUAGACAAGGUAAUCACGUAGAGAGUCAGUUCAAGCUUCAAGCUAGACAAACAGGCAGUCUAGGCGCAGGCAGACACAGACUCAGACAGGCACAGGCACAGGCAGAGGCAGGCAAUCAGUGACAGUGAGAAUUGUGUGGGCGCGAGUGUGUCAGUGAAGGCAGACAAAUACCCGAACAAAAAAUACAAUGCAAGAAACAGCAAACAAGCCAGCUCGAUCAGAUAUGCAGUUUUCAGCCCUCAAACCCCUGAAUCCGCUAAGAACCGCGUACCGUGUGUGUUGAUAAGAGCCACAUCCAGCCACAACGAGCCAAAAGAAAACCAAUCUCACUCCACUUGUCGACAGCUUGACUGCUGCUGUCUCUCUUUAUAAACAACAAUAUUAUCAAUUCAUGUUUAGGAUUUUAAGAACCUUGAACGCUUAGUUUUAACUAUAUUAACAAGAAAACGAUAACGAAAACAAAAGAAAAACCAAACCAACAAAAAAACGCAAAAUAUACUAAACUACAUUUUAUUUUAUGAUAAAUUGACUACCACAGAAACGAGAACAAUGCAGCGAACAAUCUCGUUGGGAACGGGCUGCGCCAGGUAGAGUACCUUUACACUGACUUUAUUGUGUAGCUCGUUGAAGGCGAUCGCCAUUGCGGCAGGUCCCCUCAGAUAUAGUAUACAGAUGUAAUUUUCACGUUUCAAUUCGUAUUUUGUAGCGGAUGAGCGCAUUACAAAGAAUCAAAUAGAAUCAUAUUUUAUAAUACCAUUUUGUACAUUUAAGAAAUUUUAUAUUAUUUAUAUCGUAUCGUAUUCAAGAGAAUACUACCCCAAUUCCCGGAGCAACUUAAGCAAGUCUUGUUAAUGAUGAGUACUCGUAAUUAAUGAGUUAGAACUGUGUGUAUAUUUUGCCGUAACACCCACUAGACCUACUAGAGCAAGCAAACAACAUGCUCGUAUAAACGAAACAUACCAACUUUGUUAGACCCUAAGAAGUAGAUGCUACGAUACACAAGAAAUCCAUACAAAUCGAAAUCCAAAAACAAAACAUAAUCUGUAAUUAGUUCGUUACGAGACCACAAAGGCGAAAAGAAAAUAAAAUUCUACUGAAUGUUACCCACCCCA